AUGUCGAAUUCAUCAAAACGUUUAGAAAUACGUUUAAAAGAACGUGAAGAUGAAUAUACUUGUUAUAAACAAUUUAAUGUACUUGUCGGAACAUUUAAUGUUAACAAUCGACAAGUACCACCAAAUAUUUUACUUGAAGAAUGGCUUUAUCAAGUAACAGAUAAUAAUAAUAAAAGUAACCAAAUUUGUAUUCCUGAUAUAAUUGCAGUUGGUUUUCAAGAAAUUGAUACAAGUGGUGGUGCAUAUAUAUAUGAUGAUAAAAAAAAAGAAGAUGAAUGGGAACAAAUUGUACGAAAAACAAUUAAAUCAUGCUAUGAAAAAAAUAAUGAGGAAAAUGUUAAAUUUGAAUUACUUAAUCGUGUUAGACUAAUGGAAGUUGUCCGAAAGUGGAAAAUAAGUGAUCAUGAUAUUAUAUUCUGGUGUGGUGAUAUGAACUAUAGAAUAUCUCAACCUAAUGAACAAGUUCGUCAAGCAAUAAAUGAAUUAUCAACUGUUCCUUUACAUGAAAAAGAUCAAUUACGUUGUGAAAUGAAAUUAAAUAAUAUCUUCACAAAUUAUUAUGAACCACCUAUUAAUUUUCUACCAACAUAUAAAUUCGAUAUAAAUACAGAUAAUUAUGAUACAAGUGAAAAAUUACGUACACCAUCAUGGACUGAUCGUAUAUUAUAUCGUUCAAAACGUUCAAAAGUUCUUAAUGAUAAUCAAAAUGAAUUAGAAACAAUCAAAACAAUACAUUAUUCAUGUGCAAAAAAUAUUAAAUUUAGUGAUCAUAGACCAGUUAGUGGUUUAUAUUUAGUUGUAAUUAAAUAUGAAUGUGAUGAAAAACGUUCAAAUCGUAUUCGUGAAGAAUUAAUACGUGAAUCUGAUCGUAUAGAAAAUGAUUCAAUACCAACAAUUGAAGUUCAUCCACGACCACCACAAAUUAUAUUUAAUCAUAUACGUUAUUUAGAUAAACCAAAUUAUUCUUUAACUAUUAAUAAUAUUGGUGAAUGUACAUGUAUAUGUACAAUAAUACCAUCAUCAAUAUCAACAUCAUUUCAAUGUUUAACAUUUACACCAAAUCCACCAUAUACAAUAAAUAUUAAACAAGAACAACAUGUAAAUAUUAGUUUUGAAGCUAAAACUAAUAUUAAACAAAUAAGUGAUAUACUUAUUUUACAUGUUGAAAAUGGUGCUGAUACAUUUAUUACAUUAGAUAUAACAUUAGAUAAAGGUCCAUUUGGUUUAUCAUUAGAAGAAUAUUCAUGUACACUUUAUGAUAAUGAAAAUAAAAAAUAUAUUUUUACAAAUGAUAAUAGAUCUAAUUCAGAACAUAUUAUAGAAAUGAUUAAUGAUCCACCAAUAAUUUAUAUUGCAUUAAUUGAUUGUUUAAGAGAACGUAAUGAUAUUGAUUUACUUUAUAUAUUUAAUAAUGAAAUACAAGAUUUACUUGAUUUAAUACCAAUACGUAAUCAAAUCUAUGAAAAUAAUUAUAAUUUUACAAAUUAUUCAACAGAAGAAAUUUUUAUGAUACUUAUACAUCUUUUACAAUCAUUACCACAACCAUUAAUAUCAUAUGAAAUACAAGAUAAAAUAUUUUUAAAUACAAAAGAAAAUUUAUUAAGACAAGAUGAUGUGACAAAAGCUGUUAGUAUUAUAAUUGAACGAUUAAAAGCAAAAGAACGAAAUUUAUUUUUUCGUUUUCUUUUACUUUUACAAAAACAUUGGCCAACAAAAGAACAAAUACAAAAAGCAAACGAAGAAUCUGGUGAUAUAUUUAAUAUUUGUAUUGAUAUUCUAGCGCUUUCAAUUUUACACGAACAUCUUGAUAGAAAUCAACGACAUGCCUUUAUUUUAGCUUGUCUUAAUGAAGAAAAGAAAAAUUAA